ACAAAUUUGCUGGAGUCGGUGGUGAAAAAAAAAGCGAGAGGGGAUUAAAGAUUAAAAGACCGUGAGCGCAAAUUGGUGUCGUCGUGGCCGUCCCUGUCGCUAAUUGUCGCUGAAGUGGCUGUGUGCUGUGCAAAUAAUGCAACUUUAAUCGCCAGCGUGCCCGAUAAGCGGACCAUCUUCUACUCGGGGCUGCACCGCCUACUCCCGGGAUCCUGGAAUAACAAACUUUGGACCGUCCGUAGAGAAGAGGGAAAAAUGUGCGUGGACGAACUGUGAUACCUGAAAAGCUGCUGCUGGGAAUUAGAGAUCGCUCGGAAUGCGCCCAUGGGAGUGGCGGUGAAGUGAAAGUGAAAUUGGAUCGUAACCCCCCCCCGGGCGGGUGCGAAAGUGGUCAGUGCUCCACGAGACGAGCAGCGCUCGCUUUUGAUCAGAGUCAGCAGAAUGCAGGAGCAACUAUCAGCGCACCGGGGUCAUCGUACGGGCUGUGCGGGCCGCGGGGCACUUUGCAUCGCACUCGUGUGGUGCUGUGCGGUGGCCAGUUUCGGUGGUCAACCGGUGCACGGGGCCCACUUGACGGGUAGCUUCGAGGUGGACGAGUUUUUCCGCUUCCUGCACAAAUUUGGCUUCCAGAAGACGGAGAAACACUCCCAGAAGGACACGGAAUGGGAUACGUUCGGGUACAUCUACGGCAACAUUACGUCCCGCACCAACCUGACCGUCCCGGUGACGCUGGCCGUGCUGGACAAGCGCAGCUUCCUCGAGUACUACGCCAAUCGGAACGCUUAUAGCCGUGAGGUGGCCUGUCAGCGGAUGUUUGAUAAGCUCGAUAAGAUCGUGUAUAGCCGUGCCUGUAACCCACACGCCGAAGCGGACUAUCUGCGCCGUAUACCGUGCGAAGCGGGUAAACUGUGUCCGGAUGAGGAUACACGAGAAAAUGUUGUGCCCGGAAGUCAGUUUACUUUUGUGAUUAGCGAUCCGAACGUGCCACGGUUCUGGUACGUUUCGAUCGUAUCCUGCUACCAGAAUGUGUCCACCUGCCAGUGGCACUACUAUGAUUAUCGCAAAUACCACACGGAACCACCGGAGAUCGAUUUCGAUAUAACGCUCGUGAACGGCAAUCCUAACCGGCAGACACUGUCGUUCUUUAAUCCGCUGCUAUUCCACUUCUCGUUCGAUCGCCAGAAUACGCUCGAGAUGUAUCUCAUCUUUUUCGUCGUGUAUCUGCUAAUGGUUCCGCUGCAGAUCUAUGCCGUGCGGUUGCAGAAGCACCCCGUUACCCGGUUGUUCACCGUCAGUUUGUUGCUGGAGUUUGUGAGCGUUUGUCUGCUGUUGACGCACACUAUCCGUUACGCCAUAAACGGAGAGGGCAAUGAGAAACUCGCCGUCAUGGGGGACAUUUUUGAUAUUUUCAGCAGAACUUCUUUUAUGUUAAUUCUGUUGCUGCUGGCCAAGGGAUGGGCUGUAACGCGGCUACAGAUCAGCGUGAGCAGUUGGAUACUCCUUAUGGUCAUCUGGAUACCGUACUGUGCCAUUCACGUGCUGUUGUACAUAUGGAACAGGACGGAAGUGGAUAUUAUUUCUGACAUUGACGAGUACCAGACGUGGCCCGGUUGGCUAGUGCUCGCCUCUCGCACCACGAUGAUGCUGUGGUUCCUGUGGGAACUGCGCACGACGAUGAAGUACGAACACUCGACGCAGAAGCUGGACUUUCUGCUUCAUUUCGGUGCCUCGAGUUUGGUGUGGUUCAUCUACCUGCCAAUCGUGGCCAUCGUUGCUGUGAAUGUUAGUCCGCUCUGGCGGUAUAAGCUACUAUUAGGUAUAACAAAUUCGGCUGACUGUUUAGCCUACUGUGUGAUGAUGGGAUUACUGUGGCCCAACCGUGCCGGACAGUAUUUGCUACUAACGGGAACAAACUUUGGUGGCAUGGACGAGCUGGACGAGUUUAAUGAGGCCCCACACAUCGUGCAUCGAGGCGAUUCGGAUACGCUGCACAGCAGCAACGGUGAUCUGGCGGUGGACGAUUAUCUCGACAACGAUGACGAAAUCGAAACGCUCGUCCUCAGCACCGAUGAUCUGCUGCACGCCGGUAACCCGGUGCCGGUUUCCAGCGGUGGCAGUAAGCCACUCACACUCAACGGAAGUGCCAUGAACGGUGGUCUUGGGAAGGGUGGACGAUCCUUCGAUUAGAGGCGCGGCUCUGGACGGACCGGGGAGCAAGGUUAGAUCGAUUAAACAUAGUAAACACCCCACAGACACUGCACUGCAGACGCAUCGCCAGCGAAUAACGCGGCACAACGAAUGUCAACGACGAAUCUUUUAGAACGAAUUUAAUUCAUUCACCUCGCUCCCAUGGGCGCCGUUCGGUGCGGUGCCUCACCAUGAAGCGUGCAAGCAAAUCUCUUACUCCGACGGUGCACCCGUACUCCACUGCUGGCCUCAAGAAUUGUGUACGUACAGGGAGGAGGCGUUUUUGAGACAUUUUUAUGCAAAUCUCGCGUGUGAGCGGGCGGGUAAAUCUGGUCAUCAAUUCCGCAUGGAUUCCACACCAGGCGGCACAUUGUACUUUAACGUAAAUGACAAGUCGAAAAGAAAAUCUUCCAAUUUAUAAAAUUCUCCCCUAAUCCAUAAUUAGAUAAUAAUUGGCCAUUCCUAGUAGUUCAUCGGUUUUACUGCAUCGAAAAAGGGCCGGUUCACAUCGUAGGACAGUGUCCCCGUGCCCCCACGUGUGUGUUGGUGUGCGUGUGUUGUGUGUGUUUUUUAUGAUUUUCUACUCACCUUAGUGAAGCGAACGAUGCGAGUUCUGAAGACAAAAACAAUUAUUGUGUGAUAUGAAAAUUCAUAGCAAUUACGGAACCUGAAUGAGAUAUGAUGGUACCGAGUAGGGGUACGUUUACUUUUAACCUUUUUAAGAGCAUAAAGCUAGCAACUAUUACUCUGCAAAGACGUCCCGUUAACUCGUGGCAACGCCGUGAAAUAAUCGUGAUCAUCCUUAGUAAGCGCAUUCCUUGGGCUUUUGUUUCUACUUCGCAAACGAAAUGCUAGGCAAAGGUGGGCACAUGAUCGAUGCACGAACAAGCGAUAUCUCGGGACUGCUACGAUUCGUGCUACUGUUAACGUUACUGUUAGAUCGAAGGAUCUCGCACGAGAUCUUAUACGAAUGCAUGCCAAAAACAACAACAAAACAACCGCCCUAAACAAUUCGAUGCACUGCGAUGUCUGUCUAUCGUUGGCUUAAAGAGGUCUCUUUCCGAUCGCAUCUAAACGUUUUCCUCUGUGCCGCUGGUUAUUUCGUGAGGGUAGAGAGUAAAGGAAAGGCAAAAUAGAUUAGCAAAAUGCAAAAUCAUUUACACACAAAUUCGUGCUCGCUUCCACGUAGGAUUAGAAGAAUGUCGUUUCAAUGCAAACUAGCCGGUAGUACGGUGGGGGCUCACAUUAGCGACACGUGUGUGGUUUAGAGAUUGAGGGGCAAGUGCAUUAGUAGUGCGUAGUGUGUAGUAGUGUCAAGUUCACCUCCACCAGCCUCUGCCCAACCUACAUAAUGUACCUUAUUUUAUGUGCAGUGUGACGCUGAAUGCUUUAGAGAUUGAACCGAUAGCAUAUAGUGAGAGAUACAGGCAUAGAGAGUUAGGCGAGAGGCAGAGGGGUUCAGGUUGAGGGGAGUAAUGAAGAACAGAUAACGGCUAAACUAGGUGUCGCUAAGUCACAACUCAAUUCUCACCAUACGCCACCGUAGCUUCGACACAAUUAGAUAUGCUCAAAGUAUUAGCAGCUCGAGAAAGCCCAUUUAAAUCGUUAGAUCAAUUGAUUUAAGAAGCAAAGUCGCAACCAGAAGCCUAACCGAGAGAACCGUGGAACUGUGCGAUCAAUUAAAUCAUGAUAUUUCUAGGGCAGACAGGUGUGUUCGUCACCGACUCGAGCAACGGUGAAGAUUUGCUGGUUUAACUUUUUUUUCCAUAGAAACACUAGAACGAAAGUUGUGAUAGAAUGUUAAGCAUAUUUUUCUACUCCACAAGAUCCAGCGCAGAAAGGCGAUCGGAAAGCGGAAAACUAAAGUACGUAACACACACAGCCACACAGAUACACUGCGAUUUUAGCAAAAUGACCCAGUACACCCCCAGAACCCUUGUACGAGUGCAGCAGCCACAGCAUGUGCCACAAGACCACCUACCAUACCGCAUUACGGUCUAGCGGUAUGCGCAUAUGUUUGUGCGCGUGUGUACAAAGAACUAAUUAUUAAACUAUUGAACAAACAAAAACAUCCAAAAACCAAUUGUGAACUUUACCUUGUACAAAAGGCUGUACCGAUAUUUGUCGCAAAUGGAAUAAGAAAGUAACUUAACUUAUUAA